AUGCUUGAUUUCAUGGAUAAUGCUCCUGCUACUAAGACCAAAGAGGAGAAGAAGCUCGAGUCUUUGAUGGAGGAAAAACAGCAGUUUAUGAAUCAACAAACGAAGAAGUAUCUUGAAUCGUUAUUCGAAGAGAAUUCUCAUAAACCAAUUGUGUUACAAAAUGUUCACAUACUAAAUAGUGAAGAUUUCAGAAAUGAAUUUUUAAUCAAACAAUUUUUACCUUUGAACAAAAGGCACUUCACAUUAUCGUCAUUUUUCCAAUCUAUAGAUGAAGUGUCGACUAAUUUAUCCAAAUCCACUGCUUUAACGAAUCUUGAAAUUGAUUUAAAUACUCAAGGUAAUAAUGAUAAAUUAAUAGCCUCACCGAUAUUUAAAUUAGUACCGGUGAAGAAAUUCUUUGCCAAGACUGGUAGUAAUAUUGGUAACGGUGAAGGAGACGGAUACAUUCAAUUUCAAUGGAGAAAUAUCUUCGGUGGAGGGGAAAACUUAUCAUUUGAUGCUACAACAGGUACAAGAACAACUGCUUCCUAUCUUUUGAAUUAUUCCAUGCCUUGGUUUAAUAAAUCUUUGAUUAGAUUUGAUACUUCGGCGUAUUUUAAUAGCAGAUCAAUGGAAUGGAUAAACUCCGAAACUGUCAAUAGAGGUAUAACAACAAAGUUCACAUCUUCAUUCAAGCAUUUUAAUUUCAAUUUUCAAAUUGAUAACAUAUGGAGAAACUUACACAAUUUGAAUUCUAAAUCAUGGGAUGUGAUAACUCAAUCAGGGCCAAAUUUCAAGUCUGCUGUGUCAGCAUCUGUUAACUUUGAUGAUCGUGAUAAUGUUCAUUUACCUACUAAAGGGAGAUUCUUCCAAUUGGGAGUCGAAGCCAAUGGAUUGAUUCCCCAAGCUGACAAAUUCAUAAAGACCAUGAUAGAAGGACAAUUUGCUGUUCCUUUGAAUAAAUAUCAUCACUUAAUCUUAACAUCCAAAUCAGGUUUGUUGGUUAGUGAAAAGACUUCAUAUAUUUUGGACAGAUUCUUCAUUGGAGGACCAAAUGAUGUAAGAUCAUUCAUGUUGAAUGGUUUAGGCCCUAAAUCUUAUGGCGAUUCUUUAGGUGGCGAUAUUUUCUUGAACGGAGGAGUCAGUUUAGUUUCAUCUGUCCCUCGUUAUCCAGAAUCCAACUUCAAAUUCCAUAACUUUAUCAAUUGGGGAUCCUUGAAGUUGUUGGAUGAACAUUUUUUGAAACACCAAUUUUCCAUAGGUUAUGGGUUCGGGAUCUUGUAUAAUCAUCCCAUGGCAAGAUUUGAAUUGAACUUCGUUUUACCAUUAACCAGUCAUCAACGUGAUUCCAUCAGGAAAGGUUUGCAAUAUGGUAUAGGAGUUUCUUUCUUAUAA